AUGGCCGCCGCCACGCACGUGGCCACCACCUUCUCCGUCGGCUUCGGCGGGCCCAACGUGAUCCGCCAUUCCUUCUGUGACGCUCCCCAAAUGAUGGAACUCUCGGGAUCCAGUGGGAACCUCCAGGAGAUUGGAGUCACGGUCUUCUCCGCCAUUCCGAAAAUCUCAUGUCUCGUCUCCAUCGUCGUCUGCUGGACCUGCUGGUGUCCGUGUACUACACGGUGUUCCCCCUCCACCCUGAACACCCUCAUCUACAGCUUGAGGAACGGGGAUGUGAGUGCCGCCCUGAGGAGGGUGCUGGGACCCCAUAUAGAGAAGAUCCUCUUCGUGGUUGUCUUGAUCUUCUACCUCCUAACCCUGGUGGGCAACACCGCCUGGAUCUCCGUCGCCAUGUACUUCUUCCUGUCUCACCUCUCCCUCGAGGACCACUGCUUCACCACUGACAUCGUCCCCCCACUUCUAUGGAACCUCCGGGGGCCCCUCCAAGACCAUCAUCGUGUCGCCGCCAUCUGCCUAACCCUUCACUACACCACCGCCAUGCACCCGUGGCUCUGCCAGGUCCUGGUGAGAUUACCCUGGAUGUGUGGGGUGGGGGACACCGCGAUUCAGGCCACCGUCAUCUUCCUCCUGCCCCGCUGUGGACACCAGCUACUUCCCCACUUCACCUGCGAGAUACCCGCCCUGCUCAAGCUGGCUUGUGUGGACGUCCGUGCCAAUGAGAUCCAGCUCUUCGUGGGCACUCUGGUCCUGAAUCUCCUGCCCUUGAGCAUGAUCACGGUCUCUUAUAGGUCCAUCGCCUGGGCCAUGCUGAGGAUCAAGUCGCCCCAGGGUUGGAGGAAGGCCCUGGGUACCUGCGGGUCCUACCUCCUGGUGGUCACUCUCUUCUACAGGUCCAUCAGGGUGGUCUACAUCUGGCCCAACAGCUCCUUCUCUGGGACUUUGGGCAAGUUCCUCACCCUCUUCUACACCGUUGUGGCCCCCACCCUCAACUCACUCAUCUACACCCUGAGGGAACAAGGACGUAAAGGAGGAGGCUGGUCCACACUGCUCUGUACCUCCUGGUCUAACCUGCUGGCCGUGAUGGGUAAUCUCCUCAUCGUCGCCCUCCACCGCCACUCGACCGAGUGCCUCCACUACUCCCAUGUACUUUCUUCCUCAGGCACCUUGUCAGUGGCCAAUCUCUGCUACAUCUCCGUCACUGCUCCCCAAUCCAUUCACAACUCCUGA